GCGGCGGCGCGGGUGUCCCCGCGGCGGGAGCGCGGCGGCGCGGGGCUGUAUGGACGUGAUGUCCCCGCAACAGGAGCACCUCGGCCCGGGCCGCUCGUCCUCGGUGAGCGGCGAGACCAGGGGCUUCGCCGCCGCCGACAGCAAGAAGAAGAUGAAGAGUUUGGCCCAAAGACGUCAGUCUGCACCAUCUUUGAUCUUUGUCAAAGCACUCAGCAGAUCUAGAUCGGCCUCCAGGGAAGGCUGCUUGUCCCCCAUCAGCCCAGAGUCAUGGCCCCUUGUGCAGUCUUUCAUAUGCCACAACCGAGUGCUCAUCCUGGACGGCCACGUGCAGCUGAAGACGAGUCUGCAAACCCAGGAGCGACACCUUUUCCUCUUCACAGACCUUCUGGUUGUUGCCAAGUCCAAGUCACACUCUCAUUUCAAGUUGAAGUGCCAAGCGCGUCUCUGUGAGAUGUGGACAGCAUUUUGUACAGAAGAAGUGUGUGAAGGCAGCACAGACCCAGACAGGUCCUUUGUUUUGGGCUGGCCCACCACAAACUGUGUGGCAAACUUCAGGUCUGCAGAACAAAAGGAAACAUGGCUGUCUGUUUUGCAAAGUCGGAUAAGAGAAGAGAAGGAAAAGGACAACCCUAAAAGCAUCCGCCUGACGAUAAUUGCAAAGGACGUGGGGACUUGUGCAUAUUCAAAAACCCUAAAUGUAACCAAUGUUGAUACAGCAAAUGAUGUCAUUCUGAUGGCUUUGCAGCAGCUGGGAAUUAAUGGCUCUGAAAAAGACUACAAGCUAUGGGUGAUUUCAGGAAGAGAACAUGCUCCUUACCCUCUUAUUGGCCACGAGUAUCCCUUUGGAAUCACAAUGAGCCACAUUCGUGACGCCAUGCCCCACGGAUCAAAGCCCUGUGCCUGCCCCAGGCAGCUCCAGGGCCCUUUCCUGCCGGAGCAGCUGCCCCAGGAGCUGCAGUGCCAGUUUGUGCUGAAGCCCAGCCAGGUGGCCGUGUGCCAGCAGCUGAACGACUUAAGCCAAAAGUCAUUUAAAAGGAAAAGAUCUAUCAUAAAUUGGGCUUUUUGGCGUGGCCCAGGCGCUCACUUGGACAAUGCACCCCUCUCCUCAACAUCUGCUGUUCCUGGGAAGCUCUUUGGCCUCUUACUAACAACCAUCUGUGAGGAUGACAACCUGCCCAAACCCCUCUUGGACAUGCUUUCCCUCCUUUAUCAAGAGGGGCCUUCCACCAAGGGUAUUUUCAGACGCUCUGGAAGUGCAAAAACAUUCAAAGAGCUAAAGGAGAAGCUUGAUUCAGGCACUGAAGUGGACCUGGCCCAUGAAUCCAUAUUUGUGACAGCAUCUUUGUUUAAGGAUUUUCUUCGCAACAUCCCAGGCAGUAUUUUAUCAUCCCAGCUGUGUGAUAAGUGGGUCUCUGUGCUGGAUCAAGGAAAUAAUGAAGAGAAGAUAAAAAGCAUCCAAAGGUUACUAGAGCAUCUCCCCAGAGCUAAUGUUGUUCUCCUGCGUUACAUCUUUGGAGUGCUGCAUGGGAUAGAAAUGCGAUCUGAAGAGAACCAGAUGAAUGCCUUUAAUCUGGCUGUCUGCAUUGCACCUAGCCUGCUCUGGCCUCCUGUACCCUCCACUCCUGAUAUAGAAAGUGAAUUUAUUAAAAAGAUUUCUAGUCUGGUACAGUUCCUCAUUGAGAAUUGCUGCAGGAUUUUUGGAGAUGAAAUUGCCUCCCUCUUUGGAGAAAUACUGAUGACAUGCAAGAGGGAGAACAGCUCAGAUGUUGCGUCUCUCCAUCAGAACGACUCUUCCUAUGACAGCCUGGAAAAUGAGGCAAAUGAUGAAGCUGACUCUUCCUCCAGUGACUGGAUUAAAACCUGUGAUCAGGAUUACAGAAGCAGGGAGUCUGUCUUCACUCUGAGCGACGGCGAUUCGGAGCAGACGGAGGUGGACGAAAUCCAAAGCCAAACCAAGCUGAAGCAGUUGGAAAUUUCUGACGACGCGCACCCGAAGUUUUCCUUGCAAGACAACUCAAACAAGUCUCCCUACUCCAGUGGUUUCCCCCCGGGAGCUGCCUCAGGUGCUCCCAAGGCUGUGCGGAGGCAGCGGCGCUCCUCCGAGCCCGCGGUUGGCCUGCAGGCCCGCGGUUCCGGCCGCGCCGAGGACGCCGGGCCACGCGAGAGGGCCACGCGCAAAGCCAGCUGUGACGUGGUCCUGCCUCACGGAAAUGAGGAGUGUCUCUGCCAGCGCCGGUCGCUGCAGGUGGAGAGGCAAAAGCUCGGCAAUCAGAGCUUGCUUGUAGGGAUUGAUGUUGGUAGAAGUGACAACACAAACAAAAAUGUUGAAAGGAAAGACCUGUCUCAUUGUCUCCUGCCUCCAACGCCAGAGGGAUUAAAUACUUGCUCAGGAUUUAGCUCUUUUAGCCAGUCUUCUUCUGGGACAUCUCCAUCUGUGUCGUCAAUUUGCUCCCUGGACAGUGCUUUCUCCCAGUUUUCAGACCAGGCUCUGUUUACCUUCAGUGAAACCUCCUCCCCUUUCGACAGCACUUUCCAGUUGCUAAAGAAACACGAGGACACUGCUGCUGCUGCUGCUGCUGUGGCUGAUGACUGUUUCCUUCCAUCCACCACAGUGCCACCAUCUCCACAACCUACUGACACUGGGGCUGAGAGGGGCUUGGUGGGGCCCAGCAGCAGGUCAGCACCCCUGAAACCUACUGAUGGAGGCCGUGGCUGUUGCAUUAAGCCCGACCUUCAGCCAUUGCCUCUGAAAGUCACUGGGAGAGACGGACUUCAUGAGCAAAGAGGUGGUCUAGAAAAGCAUUACAGCAAUCCAAAGUUUGAAGAGACUGACCAAAGCUUUUUGCAGAGGAAUUUUAAUGCUUAAAAUAAACACCAUAAAGAAAAUG